AUGGCUUAUGUUAAGAUCUCUCUUUUGCCUCUCUUUCUAGUUGCCACAUUAGUAUUAAUGUUUCCGACAAAGAAGAUGAAUGCAGAAGCAUUUUUUAAAGAACCAGAUAAAUGUUUAGCGUUUUGUGAAAAAGAUACACCAUGUGGUAAUGGGUGUCAAUGUGUAUACUCAGUUCCUAUUCUUCCUCGUGUGCCUGGUAUAUGCAAUACAGAAUCAUUUGUUACUAAGAUGGUGGAACAACAUCCUAACUUAUGCAAAUCUCAUGCGGACUGCACAAGAAAGGGAAGUGGAAACUUUUGCGCUCUCUAUCAAAGUUCGGAUCCUAAUAAGUAUGGUGUAUGUUUUGACUCUAGCUCUGAUGCACGAGUCUCAUUCAAGAAUGCUCUUAGCACUGAAUUCUCAAACAUGUUGAAGAUGCCUUCGGCGGUUUUCACUUAA